CUUUCCCUGCAUUUUCUUCCUUUCAGUUGCUGAUAUGUGUUCAAGAUGAGUGGGAUGGGAGAAAAUACCUCUGACCCAUCCAGGGCAGAGUCAAGAAAGCGCAAGGAUCCUGAUCAGCUUGGACCCAGCCCUAAAAGAAGCACUGAGAAACGCAAUCGUGAGCAAGAGAAUAAAUACAUAGAAGAACUUGCAGAGCUGAUUUUUGCAAAUUUUAAUGAUAUUGACAACUUUAACUUUAAACCUGACAAAUGUGCAAUCUUGAAAGAAACUGUGAAGCAAAUUCGUCAGAUAAAAGAACAAGGUAAGAAGUCUAAUUCACUGACUAUUUAUAUUUUCCAUGCUUGUUAUUACUAAUUUUUUUUUAUUUUU